UAAGGCCUCCCACCCCCUUAAUUUUCUCCCCCCACCCCCAAAUUUCUAGUGGAAUAUGGAACUAAACAGGGACUGUCCUCUACCGUGUUGUUCCCGUUUGAAGGAAGAAUUUGGCUUUUGUAUCUUUGAAGGAAAGAGACCCCCAGUGUACUUUGAAGAGGUGACUGUGUUCUUCACAGAGGAGGAAUGGGCUCUACUUGAUCCGAACCAAAGAGCUCUGUACUGGGAAGUCAUGCAUGAAAAUUAUGAAUCUGCGGCUUCUGUGGGACUUUGGGUCCCAGCACCCUUCCUUGAUUCUCAGCUGCACUCAAGGGAAAUGCUCUUCCUCCAGAGGUCUGAGGAACUGGGAAGCUCUUCAGUCGCAGAAAGAUCUCCAGUUCCCAAAGAUGACCACAUCUCUUGCCUAGUGAAAAAGAAACAGGGGUUUUUCCAGGUCUACAAGGAAGAAGAGCUACCAGCAGGUCUCAAGAGCAAGAAGGAGCCAGGAUGGAUUCACACCAGGGAGAAGCCAUGUAAAUGCUCAGAAUGUGGGAAGAGCUUCAGUCGGAGAGACAGCCUUAUUUUUCAUCAGAGAAUUCACACAGGAGAGAAGCCAUAUAAAUGUUUGGAGUGUGGAAAAAGCUUUUCUCGGUUUGACCAUCUAAUUAUACAUCAGAGGAUUCACACAGGGGAGAAGCCAUAUAAAUGCUUGGAGUGUGGGAAGUGUUUCAGUCGGAAGGACAGCCAUACUUUGCAUCAGCAAGUUCACACAGCGGCGAAGCCACAUAAAUGCUUGGAGUGUGGGAAGAGCUUCUCUGAGCAUGGCAGCCUUAUUGUGCAUCAGAGGAUUCACACAGGAGAGAAGCCAUAUAAAUGCUUGGAGUGUGGGAAGUGCUUCUCUCAGAAUGGUAGCCUUACUGUGCAUCAGAGGAUUCACACAAGGGAGAAGCCAUAUAAAUGCCUGGAGUGUGGGAAGAGCUUCUCUUACAGUGGUGGCCUCACUAAACAUCGAAGGAUUCAUACAGGGGAGAAACCAUAUAAGUGCUUCAAGUGUGGGAAGUGCUUCAGUAGGAAGGACAGCCUUGCUAUUCACCGAAGGAAGCGUUCUCACAGGGGAGAAUCCUUGCUAGAAAUCAGGCCUUUCCCGUCAAUGCUCAGGAAUAAAAGAGAUGAUAAAAUGGAGAUGUUUUCCUUUCAGAGUCCUCCAGUGUACUUUGAAGAGGUGACAGUGUUCUUCACGGAGGAGGAAUGGGCUCUACUGGAUCCGAACCAAAGAGCUCUGUACUGGGAAGUCAUGUAUGAAAAUUAUGAGUCUGCAGCUUCUGUGGGACUGUGGGUCCCGGGGCCUUUUCUCGAUUCUCAGCUGCAUCCAAGGGAAAAGUUCCUCCUCCAGAGGUCUGAAGAACUGGGAAGCUCUGCAGUGGCAGAAAGAGCUCCAGUUCCCAAAGACGACCACAUCUUUGGCCUAGUGAAAGAGCAGGAGCAGUUUGUCCAGGAAGGAGACCUGCCAGCAGCAGGAGAUGACUGGAAGAUGGAGAAUGAGAAGGAUGCAGGAGGGAUGUCUGCAGAAAGAAACAAGGCAGAAUUGGACCCUAGGAAUCGAGAGGGAGCCAAAAGACACCGGAGAAGAAAAAGAGAUGCAAAAUGGAAACAGAAUAAGGAAUUGAUUACCUGUCAGGACAGAAACUUGCAUCAGAUCCCAGUACAAGACAAAAUACAGAAAGCAAAGAAGAGGACUAAGUGCCCUGAGAACAAGAAAGGGUCCACUUACAAAGCUAAUAAUAAGGAAGAUCAGAAAAUCCAGUCAGGUGAGAACCUGCAUAAAUACAUGGAGUGUGGAAAGAGCUUCAGUUAUAGUGCAAUCCUUGCUGAAUAUAAAAGUUCGCACAGAGAGGAAAAACCAUAUGAAUGCUUGGAGUGUGGAAAGGGAUUUAGUCAGAAUAGAAACCUUAUAGCACAUCAAAGAAUCCACACAGGGGAGAAACUAUAUAAAUGCUUGGAGUGUGGGAAGAAGUUCUCUUAUAAUUCUGACCUAACUGUACAUCAGAGGAUUCACACAGGGGAGAAGCCAUAUAAAUGCUUGGAGUGUGGGAAGAGCUUCAGUCGAAGCACACACCUUACAUUACACUGGAGAAUUCACACAGGGGAGAAGCCUUAUAAAUGCUUGGAGUGUGGGAGGAGCUUCAAUCAGAGCUCUAACCUUACAUUACAUCACAUGCUUCACACAAGUGAGAAACCGUAUCCAUGUCUGGAAUGUGGAAAGCGCUUUAGACGGAGAGACAGCCUUACUUCACAUCAACGCAUUCACACUGGGGAGAAGCCAUAUAAAUGCUUGGAAUGUGGGAAGAGUUUCUCUCACAGUGCAUACUUAACUGCUCAUGAACGGAUUCAUACUGGGGACAAGCCGUAUAAAUGUGCAGAUUGUAGCAAGAGCUUUUCCGAGAAAUCAAGCCUGAAUCAACAUAAGAGGAUCCAUACAGGGGAGAAGCCGUAUAAAUGCUUGGAAUGUGGAAAGAGUUUCAGUCACCAAUCCAACUUUACUUUGCAUCGAAAGGUUCAUACAGGAGAGACUCCAUAUAAAUGCUCUGAUUGUAGCAAGAGUUUUACUCUCAGAUCAAACCUUAAUAAACAUAAGAGGAGUCAUACAGGGGAGAAGCCAUAUAAAUGCUUGGCAUGUGGAAAAACAUUUAGUCAGAAUAGAAGCCUCGUUGAACAUCAAAGCGUUCACACAGGGCAGAAGCCCUAUAGAUGCUUGGAGUGUGAGAAGAGCUUCAGUCGGAAGGACAGGCUUGCUAUCCAUCAGAAAAUUCACACAGGGGAGAAGCCAUACAAAUGCUUGGAGUGUGGGAAGAGCUUCAGUUCAACAGACAGCCUUACUUUGCAUCAGAGGAUUCACACAGGGGAGAAACCAUACAAAUGCUUGGUGUGUGCGAAGAGUUUCUGUCAUAGCGCAAAUCUUACUCGACACCGAAGGACUCACACUAGGGAGAAAACUUCACAUUGAAGUGUUC